GAUGGGCACCUGCGGGAACCACUGCAGGAACACAGAAGGGAAGGCCUUUCUUGUAUCCCAGCGGAGUGGCGCGGGAAGGUAAUCGUUGUGACUGGGGGACGCAAGGAUUUCAGAGUGAUCGAUAAGCGAGGAAACCAAUGAGAGUGGGAAGGAGGCGGACCUUCGGGGAGCCGCUUCCAUUUGCUGUCUGUGGGAAGGCGGAGCGAUGCCAAAAACCCGGCCUAUCAAAUCGAAGUUUAUUUUAAGGAGGCGGGGCUUGACGGAAUGACUGGCAGGAAAGGUUCACCUAUAAGAAGUGCGAUUGACGGACGAGGGCGGGCUUUCCAAUAGAACGGCAUGGGCUCUAUCCAAUAGGCAGGAAUCGUGUGGGGCCUUCCCCUCCCCCCACGACAGGGCCAGUGGCUCCCCCUAUCGGGUGGGGGCGGCGAGUGACGGGCGUGUCCCUCCCCCAAUGAGAGGCGGGGGGAGGCGGGUUCUGCGCCGCCAUGUCGCGGAGGCUGCUGCCCCGGGCGGAGAAGCGGCGUCGGCGGCUCGAGCAGAGGCAGCAGCCGGACGAGCAGCUGAGGCGGGCGGGAGCGAUGGUGAAGAUGGCGGCGGCGGGCGGCGGAGGCGGCGGUGGUCGCUAUUACGGCGGCGGCAACGAGGGAGGCCGAGCCCCUAAACGGCUGAAGACUGAAAACGCCGGCGACCAGCACGGAGGCGGCGGCGGCGGAGGAUCCGGGGCGGCGGGCGGCGGCGGCGGGGAGAACUACGAUGACCCCCACAAAACCCCUGCCUCCCCAGUUGUCCACAUCAGGGGCCUGAUUGAUGGUGUGGUGGAAGCUGACCUUGUGGAAGCCCUGCAGGAAUUUGGACCCAUCAGCUAUGUGGUGGUGAUGCCAAAGAAGAGACAGGCGCUGGUGGAGUUUGAAGAUGUGCUGGGGGCUUGUAAUGCAGUGAACUACGCGGCCGACAACCAGAUCUACAUCGCUGGGCACCCUGCUUUUGUCAAUUACUCCACCAGCCAGAAGAUCUCUCGCCCCGGCGACUCUGAUGACUCCCGGAGCGUCAACAGUGUGCUUCUGUUUACCAUCCUGAACCCCAUCUACUCCAUAACCACGGAUGUUCUUUACACUAUCUGUAAUCCUUGUGGUCCUGUCCAGAGAAUUGUCAUUUUUCGGAAGAAUGGAGUCCAGGCUAUGGUGGAAUUUGAUUCUGUGCAAAGCGCCCAGCGGGCCAAGGCCUCACUUAAUGGGGCUGACAUCUAUUCUGGCUGUUGCACUCUGAAGAUCGAGUACGCAAAGCCUACCCGUUUAAAUGUGUUCAAGAAUGAUCAAGAUACUUGGGACUACACAAACCCCAACCUCAGUGGACAAGGUGACCCUGGCAGUAAUCCCAACAAACGCCAGCGGCAGCCCCCUCUCCUGGGAGAUCAUCCCGCAGAAUAUGGUGAGGGCAGGGGGUUCCCCUCCGUGGACUCCCGUGGCUCAUGUGCCCCUGCCCGUCGUCCGCCGCGAAAAUUCUCACCCGUCCUCCCUCUCUUUCCUUCCCACCCCCCAGGAGGGCCCCAUGGUGGGUACCACAGCCAUUACCAUGAUGAGGGCUACGGGCCCCCCCCACCUCACUACGAAGGGAGAAGGAUGGGCCCACCUGUGGGGGGUCACCGUCGGGGCCCAAGUCGCUAUGGCCCCCAGUAUGGUCAUCCCCCACCCCCUCCCCCACCACCCGACUAUGGCCCCCACGCUGACAGCCCUGUGCUCAUGGUCUAUGGCUUGGAUCAAUCUAAGAUGAACUGUGACCGAGUCUUCAAUGUCUUCUGCUUGUAUGGCAAUGUGGAGAAGGUGAAAUUUAUGAAAAGCAAGCCGGGGGCCGCCAUGGUGGAGAUGGCUGAUGGCUAUGCUGUGGACCGAGCCAUUACUCACCUUAAUAACAACUUCAUGUUUGGGCAGAAGAUGAAUGUCUGUGUUUCCAAGCAACCAGCCAUUAUGCCCGGCCAGUCAUACGGGCUAGAAGACGGGUCCUGCAGUUACAAAGACUUCAGCGAGUCGAGGAACAAUCGGUUCUCUACCCCAGAGCAGGCAGCUAAGAACCGCAUCCAGCACCCUAGCAAUGUACUGCACUUCUUCAAUGCUCCGCUGGAGGUGACCGAGGAGAACUUCUUUGAGAUCUGCGAUGAGCUGGGAGUGAAGCGGCCAACCUCUGUGAAAGUAUUUUCAGGCAAAAGUGAGCGCAGCUCCUCUGGGCUGCUGGAGUGGGACUCUAAGAGCGAUGCCCUGGAGACCUUGGGCUUCCUGAACCAUUACCAGAUGAAAAACCCAAACGGCCCGUACCCGUACACCCUGAAGUUGUGCUUCUCCACCGCGCAGCACGCCUCCUAAUUAGAUGCUGGCAAGAGCACGUCCGAGCAGGAAAACGUCUUUCCUUUAUGCUGUUGGUUUUCUUUGGGUUUGUUCUGUUUUGAUUUAUUUUUGCAGUUUUUGUUUCUUUUUAAAUGCUAGGUCAGUAGACGCUUAACCACAAUGGAAAUUCUGGAACUCUGGAGGGGGGGAGGGGAACUGGUAUCUCCCAAGAUUAACCUUCACUUUUUAAGAUAACUGUAUGUGUGAUUUUUUUUUUUUCCCUGUUCAUACAUUUGUGCUGCCCAUGUAUCUUGGCACAUUUCAAUAAAAUGGUUUGGAAAAUAAA